GGGCGCUGUCACCGACCACAGACUACAAAGAACAAAAUAAAGCUAUAAAACAUGGGUUGUUGCUAAUUUAGUAGCUCCAAAACUCUUCAACCAAUGGCAAAAAACUACCGCAUGAACCCUAUAGCUUCUUCUGUAGAGUUCUCAACAAAACCAAAAACUACUCACAUACAAGAAGAAAUUCUUAUACAAAUUCCAGAAUGUAAAGUUUAUCUAAAGAAUGAAGAAGAAGCACAUGAACUUAGUCAAGGGCAAUUCACAAUCAUCAAAAUAGUUAAUGAAAAUGUUUCUUUAGCAACAAUUAUCAAAAUAGGAAACAAUGUUCAAUUUCCUUUAACAAAAGAUGAACCAAUUGUGAAAGUUGAUAGUCUUCAUUAUCUCUUUUCAUUGCCUGUGAAAGAUGGUCAUGAGCCUCUAAGCUAUGGUGUUACUUUUCCACAUGAAUUUUCUGGUAGCAUGGAUUUGCUAAAUUCUUUUCUUAAUGAAUACUCUUGCUUCUCUGGUUUGGAAUUGAGUAAGAAGGGAAAUAUUAUUAACAACAAUUCAGGAAUGACCAGUCAGAAUUUUCAUGGUAUCCUCAUUGGUAAAAUCAAUUUCAAUCAGGUUCAAAAUGGAGCACAAGCUACCCUAAAUAGGAAAUCAGAUAAGAAAAAAGGUGGCAUGGAUAGAAAAAAUACAAGAAAAAAAACUGGUGUCUCAAAGAACAACAAAACAAAUGAAAACCCUAUACGAAAAUUGUCACGAUUCAUUCAACAAUGGCUAUUGAAGUGAAGAACACAACCCGAUCAUGUUCCAACUCGAAGUGCACAAAGAUUGUGACUGGGAAAUGGAGGCGUCGUGUUAUAAAAUACAUAUACUUUCUCCGAUCUCAAUUAUAAACAACUUUUUAUGUUUUAAGUUCAUUAAAUAACGGUACACUAGGUUUAUAAUAUAAACUACAUACAUAAUUUAUUAAAUGAAUUUAAAAAGUAAAGAGUAUUGUAUAAUUGAGACUAGAGAGAAUAUGAAAUUGUUGAGCUCGAAUCGACUCUCAUGGAACCGUUAACGAUAGGAUUAAGUAUGUUCUUAGCCUCAAGGUUAAAUUAUGUGCAAUUUUAAUUCCUGCGUGUUUUUUGAAUUGAAUAAAAUUAAUAGUACAUUUGUCCCAAAAAGAUAGCUUUAUCAA